UUGCAUACGGAAACAACUCACCAAGAUGAAGCUUCCACGGCGGCAACUCCAGUGCAGGCGGCCUGCGGAGCACGCGCCGUCGUCGUGGUUAAGGAAACGGCUUGCAUUUGAUGUCUCUACAUGCCUCGCUGGCCUCUUCAGCUCGUUCGUCAACAGCGGAGGGCUACCGGGCACGGCGUCAUGGCGUUUGGUUGGGAUGUCCUCUGGCCAUUUUUCUGAGUGCUCAUGCGUGUGAGGUUGGACAAAGCAGCAGGAGAACAUCGCAUUGCUCAAGCAAGCAGGUAUUAAGGCGCUCCCAAACUGCCAGCUGCGCUGUGCCGCUUGAAGGCGUGCUGAGGGUCGAGGGCCUUGGCGCUAUAGUAAUAGAGUCACAACAAUCGCUUUUAAGAAGCUUCCGGCGAGCGUUCUGUCUGCUCACAGAAGCACGGCAAACUAGUAGCGCGCACAGUGUUAACGUCAACAGCGGUAUGGUGCAGAUCAUGCAUUUGCUUAGUGUGGCAGGAUGUGGGCUUGGAAGCAUACGAUAUCUCAGCAGUGACAAAUGAGACGAAGACGCGUAGCGGCAAAAAAGGUUUCGCCCUGUGCCUGCCUGCGAGGCAGUCAAUGCAUAUAUGUGAUGCAAUGUUCAACACGCGCGACCGCGCGUUGAGGAGUAAGGCGAAUGCCUCUCGAGUCACAUGCGUCAGGUGACGCUGCGCACGUUAACUUGCUCCUCGCCUG